ACCGCAGGAUAGGAGUCUGUCAGAACGUUUGUGCUAGCCUAACGGGCGUCUGACCACGCGGCUGUUUGUUUUGUUUUAACAAGAAAGUGCCAUAUUAAGAUACCGUCAGAAAUCGAUGAAAAUGUAUAAUAGUGCGUGUCCGAAGCUUUGGUUGUCGUGUCACGAUGAGCACUUGUUUGGACUCGACUGAUCACGAUUGUAUUACUUUCAGUCGCAUAGUAUCUGCUUACUGCAUAACCGCAGUCAACAAACUUCCGUUAGGUUUGCAAGGGAUACCCUUCGUCAUUAUCUUUACGGGAGCCUGGCAUAAUACUGCGUGAGGAUAAACGCAAUGUCUGGGACAUUUAGGAAAGGGUCAUGUGCAGAUGACCUAGAUCUGAGUUUAACUGGCUCACAUAUUGGUAGUUUGACUCCUGGACGUAAAACAUCUUCUGGCAGGACCUUAAGACGGCCAAAUUCCCUCACUGAUGUCAGGGACAAGACAAAAUCUACAGUUACAGACACAGGGAAAAGCACCCCGAGGAAAAGUACUCCCAAAGGGACAUCACCCCGCUCAGCGAGAAGCAAUAAUUCCUCUGUGCUACCAAGUCCAAAAGUUAGAUCUAAGAGUGGGAGCAAACCAAAAACAACUGCGAGUGAAGAUUUCUUAGCCCUAUUUGAAAACAGUGUUCAGCCUAAGAUAAAGCACCAUGGUGAUUCCAGGGCCUGGAAAUCAUCCGCAGAUCCCACCAGGGGUGUAUGGCAAGAUUCGACAUUUCCAAGGAAAUUCAAAGGUGCUCCCCCUGUUAGUGCAAGAAGUGUGAGCACAGUGACAACAGAAAACGGUUCACGGGGUGGAGAAGCCACCCCCACCCCCAAAAUAUCACCCAAUCAGACGCCCAGAAAUGUGUUUGGGCCACUGUCAGCCCGCAGUAGCUCAGAUGAGUCCGAGGCUGUGCCGUCUAGGUCAAGAGUGUCUGCUAACAACACCUGGGCAUCUUUGAUUGCAGAAAAUGGGCCUAGUACAGACAACAAACCAGAAGUGGUUAUGGAUGACCAAGGGAAUAGUAGUGAAAGAUCACAGCAGAUCACAGGCAUCACAAACAACAUGACUAAUCAAGGGAGAUCACCAAGGAACAAACAGAAAACGGCUCUGUCUAACUUGGAGAACUCCUAUCAGAAUAUUCGUCAUAAGGCUCCAGUGAAUGAGACAAAGCAGACUGGUUCUAAUUCGGUAGGAAGGAACAUAGCAGAGGAUUAUAUACAGCUGGUGAACAUGGCUGCCACCAAAAUCCAGGUCUGGUACAAAAGACAUAUAACAAGAAAGAGAGCAGGUCAGGCUGCCAUGAAACGACUUCUUUCACAGAAAAGAGAAAGUAUUGAAAGGGACAGAGAGGCAGAAAAAGCAGAAGAGCAGAGAAAAGCUGAGGAGAGGAAGCGCAUACGAGAAGAGAAGGCUAAAGCCGCCAGGCAACAAGCUAUACAGGAACUUAAAGUGAAAAGAGAAGGGAGAAAAGAAGAAGUGAAAAAGAAAGCUGAGGAGCAGUUAGCUUUGCUACAGGCCUCUGGUAAACUUCCUAAAUCUCCCACAUCAGCUCGAACUAAAGGGGAGAGAACUCCACGACUGCAGACACCUGUGUCACCAGCAGAGGGCAAGGCUGAGGGGGAUAUGACCAACAACCUGAACAUGUUUCUAGAGACGGAACCUAAAAGAGUUGACACAGAUAAGACAACUGAUGACCCCCCUCCGACACCAUCACAUGCUCACACGAAAACAACACUAGACGAUCUGUUGGCUACUCUGAAGAAACUAGAAGAAGAUGAGAAAUUUGCUACACCAAGGCCAGACAAGAAAAAUUCCUGGUUGAAUGGUCUGGAAAAGAGUAAAGAUACAAGUUUGGGGCCAGAGACAUAUCUGUCAGCUGAGAAACUUGAGAAGUUCACCUCAUCCAAACAGGCAAUGAGUAACUCAGGCUUCCUGUCUGAUGACAAACUCAAGAGCAUCCUCAACUUCCUGGACGAGGUUCAGACAGCAGAUAGGCUCAGUGACAUUGACCAUGUUACCGAUGUAGGUAAGGCAGUUGAACUGAUGGAGAAGCCCCCAUUACUAGUGCCUUCCGCAGACGAGAUAUCUCAGAUGGAGCAGGCCUCAGCUGCUGCUAAUGAGGUCACUAACACGGUCUUGUCACAAAAGCUGGAGCUGGAGGAAAAGAAACGGACUGUUCAAAUGUUACAAAAGGCUCUGAACCAACAAAGGGAGUUAACUGUGAGACAUGCUAGAGAGACAGAGAAGGAGAUGAACAAACGUUUAGAUGUACAGAAGGAUGAGUAUGAAGAGGCCAUCAAGCGUCACCUGUCUUUCAUUGAUCAGUUGAUAGAUGACAAGAAGGCUCUUAGUGAAAAAUGUGAACAGCUUGUCAAGGAACUCAAAACAAUUGACAAGAAAUUCCAAGAUAAAUUUAAGGCGUCUGAAGAAAGACACGCUCAGGAGUUGACCAGAAUAAAAGAAAUCCAUGCUGCAGCUGAGAAACUGCGUCGAGAGAAGUGGGUGGAUGAGAAGACCAAAAAGAUCAAGGAAAUGACUGUGAAGGGAUUAGAACCAGAAAUACAGAGAUUGAUCGCAAAGCAUAAGGGUGAGAUAAAGAAGAUAAAACACGUUCAUGAGGCCGAGCUUCUGGAGUCGGACGAGAGAGCUGCGCAGCGCUACGUCAAGAUGACAGAAGAGUUGAGGGACCAGUUAGCUCACGAGAAGGAGGCAGCCUGUAGUAGAGAGAGGGACCUGGCUAAGCAGAGGUUUGAGAAACAGCUUCAGCAGGAGGAAGAGGCUUAUCAGCAACAACGACGCAGGCUACAUUCAGAGGUUCAGGAUGAGAAGGAGCGGCUUGCCCAGCAGGCUGCCCGUCAAAGGAGUGAGCUGGACAAGCUCCAGCGACAGCUUGAGGACUCCCACAGGCAAGCCCUGGAGGCCAUGAAGUCAGAGUUUGAAAAGGCCAGAGAAGAGCAGGAGAGGAGACAUAAGACAGAGGUGAAAGAGCUGCAGGAGAGGCUGAAGGUGGAAAAGGAGUCCUGGGAGGAGAAUUACAUGAAGCGUCAGGAGACCUGGCUGGUACAGAAGGAACGCGAGUUGAAGGAGCAGGUGAGGAGGGACAGGGACAAGGAGAUCGAAAUGGUGAUCGCACGGCUGGAGGAGGAUAACUCCUCAUCACGGGCAGAGUGCGAGCGGACCGCUGAGAAUAGGAUUAAACGAAUAAGAGACAAGUACGAGGCUGAAAUGGCAGAGCUGGAGAGAUCUGAAAGAAUGGCUUUGGAAAAGUUCAAUGAGAUGAAGGCUCGUCUAACAGAAGUAGAGGGAGAAAACCAGAGACUGAAUGUGAUCUGUAAACAGAAAGAUCAGGAAAUUGCUGAUGUGAAAAAAUUCUCUGAGAAGCUUCACCGUGAGCGUGACCACGUGUCAGACGUGAUUCGUCAAGAGUUUGCGGACCGUAUUGUGGCCACAGAGGAAGAGAACAAGCGGUUAAAGGUGGAGAUGUCGGAGCUGAAAGCCAGGCAUAAGGUGGAGCUGGAGAGAGGGAAGGCUGACAUUGAGGUGAUCCACAGACAGAAGGAAGAAGAAAUGGAGGAGGUGCAUAAGAGAGUUAAGCAAGCUAUAGCAAAGAAGGAAGAUGUUGUCACUCAGCUUAAGCAGCAGUACCAGGCAGCAGUGAAGAGGGCUGAUCAUUUAGAGGGGCUGCUACAACAACAACGCAAACAACUGCUCAGUAAAUAGGCAGGCAAGGCCUGUUAUGUUUUCAACAAUUUUUCAAUUUUUGUUUUCAUUCAUGCAACCAUUUUUUCAUUAGGAAUUUAAUUUUCUCUUGUGUAAAUGUCCAUUGUUUCAUCAUGAUGAGUAGCUUUAAUGAUAGUGCUUUAACACUGCUGAUGUAAACUUGUUAUCUCUUACUUCUUGAAAGACAGUCAUCAUAUCAUUGUUCAUGAUAUUAAAUCAUGAAAUGAUGAUAUGUUAUUAGUGAACAAAUUUUAGAAGUGGUAAAAUAUUAGUCUACCUGUAAACUAUCUGAACUAAGCUUGUAUGGCUCCACACUGGAUAUUUUCUGAAGUGUUCAUGGGUAUUGGAAAGUACAUUAUAUGUUUAUCAGAGUAUAAUGCGGCAGCCAUGCUUAUGCAGCUAGUCCUACUAUUUUAGCAUGGAGAUGUAAAUAUUGUAUCCUGUCCUGGGAGUGAGGUUGUUUGCAUUUUUUGCCAUUUUUGGCAGAAUAACAGUGAAGGUGCACGAUUUUUCCUUUUCCUUUUCUGUAGCAUUUUUAUUUUUUUAGUUGUGAAUGUUAUACAUCACUGUCAGAAUCUCACGUUAAUUAUCACUUAUUUAUACAUGUACGUAAAAAUGACAGCAAAUCAGGUGAUUUGUCAAUAGAAGGACCAAUAAUUUUUACUAACAGUUAGUUUAUAUUUUUAGAGGUAAUUUUGUUACAUGCUAUUUGUUUUAAAGAUGCUUGAAUAUACCAUAGAUCUGUGUAUAAAAUGUUUGAGGUGCAGAGCUGAAAAGAGUUCUAUUAUUUCCAAGGAUCACCUGUAAUAUUGCUUGGCAUGUUAGAAGGUAGGAAUUGCUGAUUGACAAACAUUUUACAGCAGGCUAUAUACUUCAUCAUUUUCCAGAUUUUUCGAAAUAUUUCAGACAGAAAGAGCCGUUUCUGAAUUUCAUGUGUAACCCAAUAGAAGAAUGGUUGUCAGUUUUUGUAUCUUACGCUCUUUCUAGUUGGGGAAGUUGUACUUAAAACUUUAUUUCACUUAUUACUUUGACAUAAUACAUGAAUAAUGUAACUCUCAAAUCUCCAAAAAAUUCUUCUUUUAUUUCACAAUGAUGGGAUUCAAAAUAAGUCCUGCACUACUUGUUCUAAGUUCUUAUUGAUGUAUGAGCCUUUGCUUUGGAAAUGGAUGAGUUUACUUUGAUCAGCUAACGCACUGAAAUACGUGUACACGUCCUUUUUACACUCUGCACAGAAUCGUUCGUAAAUUAGUGAUCUGCAUUCAUGUGGGUUGUCUACAAGAUUUGCUUGUCUUCCUCUUGGCCUUGUUUGGGGAGCUAAGGCCCUUCAAAUUCAUUUUCCACAUGUGUCAUUUGCCAUAGUGCAUAAUGUAUCAUAAGUUUGCUACCAGAAUCCUUUUCAUUACAUAGUUUGCUUCGGUCACAGAAUUACCUGUUAUUCAUUGCAGGUCAACAUUAGUGUGUAAAGUCGUGAGAAGUGUCAAGUGAUGUAGUGAGUGAAGUUCCAGUAUUAUUUUAUAUAUUUUACAUGAUUCAGGCCAGCGCACUAAAAUACAAAUGUUCACAUUUGUUCCCUGUAUCUUUAGUUCAACACGUAUUAUCCUUAUAGCAGAAAUGCUUCUGGACACAUAUGCGGUGUACUUACCAGAUUUGUACAAUGCAUAUUUUUUUAGAUGAGUGUUUGCUUCUCUCAGUGUGCAUAUGGAGUUUGGGAGUUUGUGCUACACUUCUGAUGUGUUGGUGGCUGUCUUGAUAAGAUUUUCUGUAUGUUUUUGAAGCAGGACUUGUAUUUUGAUUCCUAAAAUCACAAAUCUGUCUUAACAUUUUUCAGAAAGUUGAAAAAUCACCAUUGAAAGUUUGACAAGGGGUGUUCUUAUUUUGAGAGAUACAUUGUCUAUCGUUACAUCCAGAUCGCUGCCAAUCACAUCAGCCAUAAUGUUGUGCUAUUCAAGUUUGAUGUUUACUUGGGUAGAAGACGGCCUUGUAGAUGUUAGAAUUGCCAACCCAUCCAUAAGGGUUGAUCGUAUUUGUAAAUAGUUGAAGUAGACCGUUUCUCAUAGUAUUUAUUUUUAUCACAACAAAAAUUGGACUUUCGUUGUAGAGAUUUGGAGUUCCUUUUUUUAUUAAAAAUUCCUACAGAAUCCCAACCACAGGCAUUACAUUAUGAAACAAGAUCUUUUCAUUUAUCUUCCAGACAGUUUAUUUGACUUUUAUUUGACAACAUAACAUAGUUUACCUCUCAAUAUUUAGUUAAACACAUCAAAGUGUGGAUUGAAAUAAUGCGAGAAUGAAAGAUUUAGCUGUACAAACUGAUGUAUAAAGGAUUUUGUGUGUAUCGACAGAUUUAAAGACAUACAGUGUGAAUGCAAGUGACUGUUGUGCAAUCCUUAUGUGUAGUUGUAAGGAAAUAAUUGGUGCCUUAGAUCUCUUAUAUUUAAAUGCUAGCUUCGGACUAAUGAAUAUGCAUGUACAUAUCCUGGUAUCCGUCCAUGUAUGCUACAUAUUUACAUGUGUUUUGAUAAUUUAUGCAACACAUCUGUGUUAAAUAAACUAAUAUCAGUCAAAGCCUGACUUUACUUUUUUCUUUCAGCAAUCAUUGUUUCAAACUUAAUUGGUUAAUGUAAUUCAGCCUUCACGCAUGUUUGCAAGUAGUUUAUUCAAAGGUAUAUUAUGAAGGUGUUAUUCUGUGUUGACUGAUAAAAUUAUACUUCUUGUAUAAUCCUUAAAAAUAACCAAUCCAAAAUAGAAAUGCUGUCUCCGAAAUCAAAUUAAAAAUGUGGAUAAAUUGCACUGUAAGUUGCUCUUUCACAUGCGAAACGGUUGAGGAAUUAGAGUAUUUAAAAGGUGUAAGCCACUCUAUCAAUCUCCUCAGUUUAAAGGUGAAAAAUAACAUGAAAAUUAC